GUCAUAAACAAGAAGCAAUUGCAAAACUGAGUACACGAGGAAAUCACACAGUCUUUUUGCAGAAAACAUGGCUCGGAGAAUGUUUAGCCUUCCAUGGAACUUACUAGGUGGAUUUCCCCGGUCUUCAAGGCCAAGAAAUAACCCUAGUGAUCACGGUUUUCCUGAACCUAUCUCCCAAAUCCAAUACCAAAACAACCCGUUGGCCGAAUUACCAUUCUUGUCCAUCUUUGAGCAAAACUACGGUGCAAAUCAUCCGUUUUUCUAUGCCUGCAAGUUAUCAGAAGCUCUGAAGAUGGCUGGAGAAGAGAAGAAGUUGGUGUUUGUGUAUCUGCAUGAUCUCAAUCACCCUUUUACUCCAUCAUUUUGUAGAGAAACUCUUUGUUCGGAGAUUGUGAUUCAGUUUUUGGAUGUGAAUUUUGUUUCUUGGGGAACAAUUUCUAAUAGAGAUGAAGGGGCAAAUCUUGUGGCCACUCUUAGACCGGGAAGCUUCCCCUGCUGUGUAGUGCUUACCUCGACAGGAAAUGGCGAUUACUUUGCUGUCGUACGACAGAUAGAGGGACCGGUAUCACCAGAGCAGCUUGUAGAGAUUCUACAGAGAACAAUGGAGGAACAAGGCUUAUCAUUUCAAUUUGGUAAACUUAAGGAACAAGAAAAGAUAACACAAGACAGGAGACUAAGAGAAGAACAAGAUGCUGCAUAUCUCGCAGCUAUACAGAUCGACAGGGAAAAAGAAAGAACCAGAAGAUCGAAUUAUGAAAAGGCUGAGAAGCAACGUGAAACACCUAAACCAAGAGAUUAUGAGAAACAAAUGCAAACACAAACGCAAACGCAGAAUCAAACUGCGAAAGCUAGAGAACAAAGUGGUAGUAUAGACACUCGAAACAUGAGAGCAUUGAAGACAUCGAAAGGUUCAUCGGGUAACACUGCAAAGAUACUUAUAAGAUUUCCCGACGGAGAAAGAAGAGAAACGAGCUUCUCGGGCGACGAUACCAUCGAGUCGGUGUACAGAUACAUAGAUUCACUAGGGAAAAGAGGAAUCAGAGCCUACCGACUGGUAUCGGGAUUCCCGAGAAGAACCUACGGUUAUGGAGAGAUGAAUAUGGCUCUCAAAGAUGCAGGGCUCUAUCCAAGGGCAAGCCUAUUCCUUGAGCUAAUUCCAUGAAAAAUAAUUAGUGAAGUGUGAAACGAAAAGUUUUAUGUUUGUAUUAUCACAAGUUAUAUAGAGGUAAUACCCAAAGUUGGAUAGUUAAACCAGUAAAAUGGGAUGCAAAGCGUAUGUCCCGCACCGAAUUCGCAUUUGGGGAGACAUCGUAUAAUCCAAAUCAUAUGUUUGACUCCC